AUUUACAAGAAGAGCGCGAGUUCCUGGAAGAGGUCACCUACCCGAGACUUCUAAAACUCUGUGAGGACCAAGGGUUGAGUUGUCACGUGAUAGACUUGCGCUGUGGGUCAGGGGUGUUGCCCAACGACCUUGAAACGUUUCACCUCAUUGAGAAGGAACUACAGCGAUCUAGGAACGAGUCGAUUGGACCAUACUUCAUAUCUCUUGUGGGUCAUACGCUGGACGACCAGGACCUGCCAGGCUUCCUGCCCCAGCCAGCCUACGAGCUCAUCAGGAAAACGUUGAUCAAGGAGAAGAUUAUUGGAGUCGAGGCUUUCGAUGAUGUUUACAGACUGGACUCCAACCAGGUGCCACCCGUCUACAUCAAACAGCCUAUCACAGCGUUGGAGGAAUACACAAGCGUGGAGGAGGUGGUGACUCUUCUCUACAGUGCCCUCACACAGGCUGUCAACGUGAUUUCCAGGAUCAAGGACACAGCACAGGCUUCUGACGUCGACUUCUACAGAUGGUCAGCUGUUGUUAAAGAAAUAGAGUGCGGACUGAUAUCCACUCCCAUUCCUCGCCACGACACUCUGUGCUUCAUGAUGGAUUUAGACAAGGACCAGGACACCGAGGAGGAGCAGGGGGAUGACAUCACACCAAUACAACGUCUGAGACUUGAAGUCUGUCAGCACUACGAGCGAAAUCCUGGCAGGCACAGACUGAUUAGCCUCAACAGUGGGACAAAGAGUAUGCAAUAUCUGAGGUCUAUAUCAGACGUUAUUGAAUCUCGCAUUGUAUCGCUUUUGAGCACUCAAAUACAACGCCAAGAAUACAACAUACCACAACAACUUUCUGAGGGAACCGAAGCCCUUCAGCAUGUUCGAUUAGCAACCAAGCAUCCACAAAAGAUUAUCGGUAAUGAAGACACCAUUUCGGCGAUCAAAGAAAUUAUAGAGCGGGCGGACUCAGAGCCGAAGAUUUUAUUACUCUGGGGCCAGAGCGGCUCUGGAAAAUCUUCUAUCAUUUCUAAAAUGUGCAGAGAUUCUGUGCAGUGGCAGUCUGGACGCAAGGUGGUGAUUCGGAUCUUGGGAACCACUUUGAGGUCUUCCAGUUUGUUUAGAGUGCUCGAGAGUUUAGUUAAACAAUUGACUUUUCUGUACUCUCUCAAUACUAAGCUGCCCCAAGACAUGAACCUUCAGAAGGCAGUGUCGCUGUUUUGUCAAACACUUGAAGCAGUCAGUGCUAGGAGGGAAAUGUAUGGGAGUCUCCUUCUUGUACUAGAUCAGCUUGAGAUGUUGCCUGAGUUGAAUGCACAUCAUCUUCUCUGUAUACUGAACUCUGUGACAGCAGGUAUUACGCUGGUGCUAACGCUUCAAACGCCACAUCCACUGUUCAGCAUCUUGAGAUCAAAUAAAAACGUUCACACAAUCUCUACAGCAUACAUGGACAAGAAUGAUUUCUGUAUUUGCUUACAGAACAGUCUUAAGGUCAUCAGUCGUUUGGUGACAGAUGACCAGCUUCAGUCAGCCAUGGACGCUCUACCCCCAGACAUAACCCCAUUGAACGCCCAGUUGCUGUUUUCCCUAACUCGAUGGUGGCAGUCACAUACUCUUGCAGAACUGAAGCCUCUCUCAGACAAACCCGAAGUGAACUUCAACAUAUUUCUGGAGUUAACUGAGAAGCAGCUAGGACGAGCAUUCACACGGCACGCCUUAUCAGUUCUGGCCUCUGCUAGACACGGACUGGCAGACCACGAAAUCCUCCAUCUUCUUUCUAAAGAUUCCGAGCUUCUAAACGAGAUCACAGAGGAGAACAAGGAGAUUGUUAGUGUGGUCGAAGGGUACCCGUAUAAGCUUCAAAUAUCCCAGCUCAUCUCUAGACUAAGUCCGUUUGUAAGCAGAGUCAAGCUUGAAGGAGAAACCGUAUACCAAAUCCAACCUAGAUCGCUCACCAUUGCCAUUUCAUCGAAAUAUCUCAGCGACAGUUUCUUUCAUGAUGUUCAUUUUCGACUUGCAAACUUCUUCCUGUUUAUCAGGAAAGGGCUGCUACUGAGCUCAAAGGAAAUGUCUGAGCAAAGUCAUAAAGAACUGUCCAAAUGUCACUGGCGAAUGUUACGAUGCAUCCCUUACCACCUAUGUCACAGUUCGGACGAUACUGCUUGUGUCUGGACAAGAUUGAAGGACAAAGUAUUCUACAAUUUUGCCUGGCUCAUCAACGUAAUUUAUUUUGGCUGUUUCAAUGAAUUACUUGAUGAUAUCAGUUACUGUUUAGAUGCCGUUAGCCUUGACCCAGAUAUUCAGUACUUGCAGCAGAUACUGAUAUCCGCCCGGGCAACGGUCACGCACAACCCACUUUCUCUUGCCGCAAUAUUUGCGAAUCUUAACAUCAAGAACUCAUAUCGUGAGUCGGACUCUAUGGAAGCUAUAGUGAAGGAGGCACAAUUAUGGUUGAAGCAAAUUCAAGUCCAAACUUUGGUACCCAUGUCUUAUACUUCCACAAGAAUCGACAGACUCCUGAUCGAGGACAAAUGUAUGCUCAAUAUUUCUGAUGUCAUAUUCAUCAACAACACGGACAAACUGCUGAUUCAAAGAAUGAGAAAUGUGUUUGUGUAUCACAUGCUGACACACGAAGAAUUUCUCCUUGAUGCUCUCAAAGAUGACAUCGAUUCAGUUCAUCUCGUUGAUGGAGUAAACGUCGUCAUUCUAACAAAAGACAGCUUUUGUAAAUUUACAGCACAGGUGUACUGUCUAGAAACAGACACACGCAUAAGAACUGUGUCAUUGACAAAUUCAGCCAUACUUUGGCUUGAUGUUAGGUCUCUCCAGAUGUCAUACAUUUCUGUCGGUUCCAGUAUUAAGCGGGCUGAUUUAGAACGAGGAUCUGUGUUGAAUGUUCUAACAACAAGGAUUGAAUGGGCAAGUGCGUGUAUCUCUUCAGGGAAACCAGAUACAGUCUUCACCGUUACUGUUGGUAACAAAACAAGGAUCGAAGCAACGCCUUUUCAUGAUGUUACCGAGACAAAAUAUAUAACUUUAAAUAACACAUCGCCUAAUACACUCUGCAAAAGUAUGUUUUCUACGAAAAAUGGAAGACACCUAAUUUAUGUAACAGAAAUACGAGCAGUCGUGAUAGACUGUUCCACGUUCACUGUCAUCAGUACUUAUACUUACAAAAACUUACCAAUCAUCAAAGCAGAACUUUCUAGAAGCCACGAGCACGUUUUCCUCGCCUUCGCCAAAGGUACCAUCAUAUGCUAUGUACUGCAUUCAGGCAGUCAAAGUAUGAUCGCUCAAAUUAAUUCUAAAGCACACUUAUCUCCAGACAACCCAGAUGAACCCGCCCGACCUGCAGCAGACAAUUCACCAGAUCGUCACCAUCUGACUGAGAUCUUCACCUCGCUCGUCACAUCCGAAGACGACCAUUUCCUGUUUUGUGGAACCAAUCAGGGUCACGUGUACGUGGUUCAUGUACCAACAGGGCUGCAGUUGGUAGACAUUACCACCCAACAGCAGUCUAUCCCCAAGAUUGUCUAUGUUACCAGCAAGAACCACUUUCAGCACAUUAUCACACUUGAUGUGGAGGGGACUGCUCUACAUUGGAAUUUGAGACCAUUACUGAAGCAAGCAAGGGUGAUUCUCCAAGACUACAUCACUGACAAGGACCUGUACAAGGAAGAGGAAACAAAAUUAGACUUCAACAAAUAUUUCACCAUCUACGAAUCCAAAAGAAACAACAGAAUGUUCCUUAACGGCCCAGAUAUCAAAUCCUUUUACCAAAUUCCGUCUUCUGAAAUAUUUUCCCAUCUGGGCAACUUGGAUCCAGCUUUUGGUGUGGCCAGUGACUGGGAAAGAACAGGCGCAAUAGCUGACCUAACUGAGAGUCUGAGGGCCCUAGCGUGUGCCAACGAAUUGAGCGGCAUUAUCCUGACAGUGUCCGCAGAUUUCAGGCUGGCCAAAUGGAACCUCCAGAACGGCAACCUGGUGUGGAGUAAAAAACUGCAAGGUUCUAGAAAAACUAUCCAUGAAAUCGUCUCGGUCUACUUCGAUCAGGCCAUCUUACUCGCGCAGACGUCGCCAGUCAGUGAUGGCUUUGAUAUAUCGGUCAUUUACACAAGAGAAGGCCAAAGCAAAAUAAUGACCCGCCACAAUGUAUUCAGUUACUGGAUAUCCUUGGACAGAAGCUAUGUUACGCUGGAGUGCCAGGAUUCUUCUCAGUUGCCAGGAACCGUGCUAUACUGGUGGGAUCUGAUAAAUGCAAGAGAGCUGGUUUGUAAAUAUCAGCAUUCACCACAUUUUGACAAGGACAGAAUGCAUCAACUGACAUCGUUCUCACCAAGCCUGCAGAGUUGUGUUUCCUUGGUCGUUCAAGCAGACGCAAGAUUGAAACCUUGUAGCGACGCAAUAUCUAAAAGUCCAGAUUGUAAUUUGUAUUCAGUGGGCGAUUCAGAUGAUAGGCACCUACAAGGAAGGUCGGGUGAAGAUUCUGAUAUUUUGAGAGCCAGCAUUAAAAGCAACAUAGAUCUGAAACUAAUUACACCUAACGCUGAAAGGAAGUGCAUGCAAGUUACAUCACAAUCAGAAAGCAAUGAGUUAAAGAAUACGCCAGCCACAGUUAUUUCAGUUGAGGAAACGCAAUUUCCUAUGACGGAGCAUGGGUGCACAGGGGAUUAUUCAAACGAAUCCGAGAACACAGAAAAGGCAGUGGUGCCCUCGGAGACAGCAUGUUCAAGAAAUGACUUGACGCGUGUAUAUUGGAGCCAAAUACAUGAAUGUUUAGAGAGCUGUGCUUCUGGCAGUGACAAACAGCAACAUGCAGGAACCAGUAGUGAAGAGACAAGACUGCAGCGUGCAGUAACCAGUAAUGAAGAGACACGACAGCAACAUGCAGUAACCAGUAAUGAAGAGACAAGACUGAAAUUUCCUGAAAUAAACUAUUCACGAGCUGGAAGUAAGGCAUCCUCAGUUGCUAGCAAACACACAACAGAUAACAUUCAAGUUGGAAAACGCGGUGGUAAAAGGAACACUGAAACAAACGGAGUUAACAAGGACAAGACCAGCACGUCUGCAGUGUCUAGCCAUUCAGAAGUCUGCCUGCCUGUACAUGCUACAUCCUUCUGUUUUGUUGGGGAACAAGAAAUACUUGUUGGAACUCAGUCGGGACAGUUGUUACUGCUAGCAGUGCCUUCCUGCCAGCAAGUACUGGCUCUCGGUGAAUCUGGUCCCAAAUAUGCUGAGGAAAUUACACAGGAGUUUCUGACAGAUGCGCCCAAACCUCACAAAGAUGCCGUAUCUGACGUCACAACGUCGCAGGACUUAAGCAUCAUCGUCAGUUCAGAUCGUACUGUAGUGUGCCUGUGGAAUGCAGGAGAUAAGACCCUGGCAAUGAAAAUCCAACUCUACGAUGACCAGAAGAUAUCUCAGAUGGUUAUUUCUAAAGAUGCUGCAAUAAUUGCCAUAGCAACGAAUUCUCGCACGCUUUGCCUGUGGACACCAAUAGAGAGACGACAGAUUGCCAGUUACAAAACAACAUUCGACAUCACCGACCUGCAAAUGACGUGUGAUUGCCGCAAAGUUGUUGUUCGUGGUCUUGGCCCCAAAAAGAAUCAGAUUCUAGAGGUAUUUGACAUUGUAAAUGUUGACGACAUUUUGAACAACGUUGUCGGCAGACGGCAGCUGCAAGAUCUCGAGAGGAGAGAGAAUUUAGCCAGUGAAAGAAAGACGAACAAGCUGCAAAUAGAGAAUGGUCAAUAG